GAUUAUCGGAUUAUUAUCGUCUGAUGUUGGCGUAUUUUUAAUGUGUGAGACUAGAACGAUGGGGCGCCUUGGAUGAGAGGAAUGGGGGAUGGGGGGAUGAGGUAUUGAGAGGACGGAUGGAGCCGGGUGAGCAGACGGAGAAAGAGGAGAGAGAAUAACGGGAAAGAGAGAGGGAGAGAGCAAGAGAGUGGGAGCCUUUGGAAAGGAAACAGAGGAAGCUACGGGAAGGAAACACCGUGAGUUUUCUUUGGGUUAAGACAUCGGUUUCCUCUAUUUUACGCGUUUAAACUAUUCAGUGUCAACAUCCGUCCGUUUUCUGCUCUCCUCCAGGUGGUAAUCAAAACCAAGAGGAUCCUGCGAACAGUGUUCGAACAAAAGUGCUUGGGAUCCCUUUUUCGCCACACCGUUUGUGAAAAGCACCAAAAGAAGUCUGUGUGUGAGUGUUUAUUCCUACAUGAGCCUGUGUGAAGAGGUGGGCUUGGUCUCUUCUCUUCUCAGUGGAAUGUUCCUCUGAAUUCUAGACUCCCUGUGGAGGAACACUCUCAUUCCAAGAGAUCUGUUCAGCUCCCAGCUCAGCUGGCUGGCCUGUCACACCACUUCACAUUUUACAUUCUGUGCUCCACGCUCUACACUCUAUGCUCUACGUUCCAUGUUCUACAACUCUUGGCUUUGAAAAGACUCUGGAGCACUCGCUUUCUCCCCACCACACAGUCCAGGUGGACGGACACUAGAAGAACGAUCCACGACUCCAGGCCCCAAAACCUCACACACAGACAGGCAGGGAUACAUGUGGUGUAUGGACAACAGAAGACCAUAAACUAAGUCUCCAACACACACACACACAAACACACACUGCAAACUUAGACCAGACACACCACUGUCGUUUUUUUCAUAGUAUCCCCACGUUCCACCACCAAAUCCUGAAGACAUGGCCAACGUGUGUUCGUACGGACGUUUCACGCAUGCCAUCGUGCGAGGCAUCCCAGAAUCCUUUGGGAAGAGCGCCAGUGACAGCAGCAGCGGCAACAGCAGCAACAAGGGCUCGGACCCCUCCACAGAGCUGGCCAAGGCGCAGCGGCAGUUCGGGGUGCUGACGGGGGCCCUGAGGCAGAAGGUGGGCCUGCAGCUGAUCGAGAUCCCCCCGGACGCGGAGCUGCCGGAGAGCUGGAGGAUCGAGGACGUGGCCGUCAUACAGGGGGACACGGCACUCAUCACCCGGCCCUGGAAGCAGCAGAGGCGCGGCGAGGCGGAGGCGGUGCGGCGGGUGCUGUCUGAGCUGAACCUGACGGUGGUGGAGAUGGGGGAGGAGGAGGGGGGCUCUGGGGGCGCCACGCUGGAGGGCAGCGACGUGCUCUUCACAGGACGAGAGUUCUUCGUGGGCAUCUCCAAGCACACCAACCACCGCGGGGCCGAGGUGCUAGCGGACACCUUCAGGGACUUUGCGGUGUCGACUGUGCCAGUGUAUGGCGGGUGCCGGCUGAAGAACAUCUGCUCCAUGGGGGGUCCAGACACCAUCAUCAUCAACAAUAGCGAAGGAGCCCGCAAGACACUCAGGAUGAUGGAGCAGCUGACUGACCACCACUACGAGGUGCUGACGGUGCCAGAGCAGGCUGCCGCUAACUGCAUCUACAUCCGCGGCCCUGCUAAAGUGGACUACCUGCUCCACCCCACGGCUGAGGAGUGCCCAGACAGCAUCAGCGCCUUCCAGAAGCUUCCGGACUACACGCUGCUCCCCACCGCCUGCAGUGAGGCCUCUAAGCUGGGGGGAGCUCUCUCCUCAUGCUGCCUUCUCAUCAACAGGAAGCCCCAUGCUUACUAACACUCACACACACACACAGAUCACUAGCCCCAUAAUUAAAACAAUCACACACGCAAACACUGCACAGUACACGUCACAUAGCAGCAGCAUGGUGGAGCCACAGGCCCACCCUCAUCUCAUCUCACACACGCAGUAAACAGAUCUCUCUCGCACACACACUCCACAACUGUUUCUUCUGAGCAUAAAAACUUUUAAAGUCGCUAUGAGGAAAAACAAAUAUUUUUUCCCUCAACCAUACUUUUGCGCUGUAGGUCUUUUCCAUAAUGGAAUUUCCAAUAACUCAUGUAAUCAGUUGAGGAGUAUUCACCAUUUACAUUUGACAUUGUUUUUGUAUUGUUUUAAAUGUACAUUGUUAUGUGACUGCUGUA